AGCGGCCUGUACAUACGACAGGACAUGUGGGAACGUGUGAGUGCCCAGCAGAAGGACUCCUUGUUCAUGAAAGAGCUCCUCAUGUGCAUUUGGGACAAGGAGGAUCUGAGGGAGAGGUCUUUGCAGGGCAAGCAAUGCCCUCGCUUCCCUGACAGGGCUCCCAAGACACCCCUCACACCUUGGAAAGUUAACGUGAUGCGAGAAUGUUACAAGGCUCGUCUUGAGCGCAGUGGUGUUCCAAAGUCUUUGCUUCCUGCUGCCGUGAAGAAUCUCAACCAUUUCAUUGUAGAGAAGCUCGCUGACCUGGAGAAAGUUGUGAAACGUGCUGCGAAAGACAGUGCUGCUUACUGAUGCCAAGCUGACACCAAGCUGACCCCAA